AUGGAAAGGUUCCUGCGCGAAUGGAGGCAAGAUGCCUUGAACAAAGCGCAGUACGACUCGGCCAUCUUCAUCGGUGACAAGCUGCUGGCCCUGACAAACGACGAUAAUGAUGCAUUCUGGCUGGCCCAGGUACAUUUCGCUACCGGCAACUACACUCGCGCCCACGCAUUUCUCAUGAAGCAAGACCUCAUCACUCGCAGUCCGGCCUGUCGGUAUCUCGCUGGCCAUUGUUUGAUCAAGCAGUCUCGUUUCGAGGAAGCCCUCACAGUUCUCGGCGAACGGAAUCCUACCCAUUUGAUCACCAAUCCGGGCCCCAGUCACAAGCGCAAGGCACAGACUCGCCAUGUGGCACGCACCAGCAAGCGCGGGGAGGAAGAGGAGGCACUUCUUAAGGAGGAGGCAGCGAACCGACGCUUUGAAGCAGCCAUGUGCUUUCUCAGGGGCAUCUGUUACGCGAAGCAGAACGCAUUCGAUGCCGCCAAGGAAUGUUACAAAGACGCUGUCCGGAUUGACGUCCAGUGCUUCGAGGCUUUCCAACAGCUCAUGAAGAACUCCCUGCUGUCCCCAGACGAGGAGUGGCACUUUCUAGAAUCUUUGAAUUUCGACUCGGUGCAUGUGUCUGGCGAUGAUUCGGCAUCCCAGGAGGCCGCCGACUUCACACGAAUGCUCUACACAACUCGUUUGUCCAAAUAUCGAAACCCAGAUGCCUUCGAGACCGCAUACGAGUCCUUGUCUACCCACUACCAUCUGGCUGACAACCCGGACCUGCAGCUCGCCCGGGCCGAUUUACUAUACACACAAUGCCGCUAUCAGGAUGCGCUCGCAAUCACCAACUCAAUUCUCGAAAACGACAAAUACAACUUUACAAUAUACCCAGUCCAUCUCGCUUGUCUUUACGAGCUCAACAUGAAGAACAUGCUGUUUCUCAUCUCGCACGAUCUCGCCGACAGUCACCCUGAGGAACCCUGCACAUGGCUUGCAGUUGGCGUAUACUACUUUGCCAUCAAGAAGAUCGCCGAAGCGCGACGAUAUUUCAGCAAGGCCAGCAUGAUGGAUGCGCAUUUCGGACCUGCCUGGAUCGGGUUUGCGCAUACUUUUGCUGAGGAGGGAGAGCACGACCAGGCAAUCUCGGCAUAUUCAACAGCCGCCCGGUUAUUCAUGGGCACACAUCUACCCCAGGUGUUCUUGGGCAUGCAGAACCAUGCUCUCAACAAUAUGACACUGGCAGAAGAGUUCCUGAAAACAGCAUACGGGUUGUGCAAAACAGAUCCUCUGCUGUUAAAUGAGAUGGGAAUUGUAAAGUACCACCAAGACAGGCUCGAGGAAGCUGCACAGUAUUUUUUAGCGGCGCUGAAGAUUGCAGAUGAGAUUGACAGUGAGCCGUCCGCCUGGAUCGCCCCUCGAACAAACCUGGCACAUGCCUUACGACGACUCCGGCAGUUCAAUAAGGCACUGGCUCACUUCGACGAGGUGCUGAGACUUGGUGGAAAGGAUGCGGCAAUCUUCAGCGCCAAGGGGCUGAUACUUAUGGAGCAGAACAAGCCUGAGGAAGCAGUCGUGGUCUUGCACGAAGCUCUAGCGAUCAACCCACAGGACAGCAUCGCGACGGAGCUCCUCAACAAAGCACUGGACGAGACGGCGGUAAUGGACGGAAUCGCCGAGGAUGAAGCAGAGGACUUGGCGGACUUUGAGCAAAUCUUGGACGAAAAGAAAAUAGCUGCAGCUCACAAGGUAAACGGGGAACACUACGGCAGAGGCAUGCUGGAAAAGGGCAAAGGAACAGUCGGGAGGACUCGUGUUUCUAUGCUAGAAGAGGAGAGCAUGAUGGAUAUGACUGAUGAAGAUUAG